UAAUUUCUUAACACUUUCCAAAGUGUUCAUUUAACACGGAAAUCGAGGGAGCCAUAUGUUCACUACAAAAGUGUCAGAGUUAAUUAUGGGUUAAUCCGGACUUGAUUGAAGGUAUAUUUUAGGAACAGCUUGUGGCACUGGCAAGAUACAAUUAAAUAAAUAAAUACAUAGCCAUGGUCCAGGACGUUAAACAGAAUAUCAAUUAUUAAACACAUAAUCAGAAAACAAGUGAUUCACACGAUUGAUUGUAUAAUAAAAUCACUCUGCUGUGAACUUGCUCAGCACAUCGCUACAGUUGUGUACUUAUAAGCAAUGUGAGUACAAAAUAACAAAACCGGGAAGAUAAUGUUACUGUUUCUGACCGGGACAAAAACAUGAAGUCUGAAAACUGGCAAGCCCGGCUUUACCGGGGCGUCUGGUCACCCUGGUCAAGGAAUCCAUUGCCGUCAGCUUCCAUCCGGGUGUUUCCAGCAGGAGGCGCCAAUCCGCUAACGUGACGUCACGACGCGCUCGUCUCCAUGGGAGCAGGGAGGAAGCGGAAGUGUGUGCGGGUUUGUUUACAUUGUGUGUGUGGGACUGCGUGGGGUUGUUGAGCUGCAGCAGCAGAGAAACUUGCUAAAUAAGUCAAGUGCUGACUGAAUAACAAAGAGAGGCUCCCAAUAUUAUUCAUAAUAAAAGCGUGAAUACAGAAAGGAUAUCAGUCUCAAGCUAACAGUCAGUGAAGAUGGACGUCAGCGUCUCCGUGUCGUUCUUUCAAGACGAGCUCGCCUCUACCAUCGAGCACGCAGUGAAAGCGGCUGUAGACACCGUCUUGUGCCAAAUCACAAAAGUUGUCGGCGGCAAAUUCACUGAAUUCCGAAUGGAAAUGGCUGGAAAGGAGAAAGAGAAUGAAAGUCUGAAGCUGAGAUUGGAAAUAUCAGAGAGCGAGUUGAAAGCGGUGCGUCUGUGUGUCAGCGCUGCGGAUGCAAACAUCAGACAAGGCCUCGGAAACAUGAACACGGACUGUAAGAAACAAAACCAUCCGAGGAUUGAGAGCCAGAGGUUAUUCACCAGAGUUAAAGAUUCUGGAGAGAGACGUGCUUUCAGUGAAGCAGAGGAGGGGCCAGUGAUAGAAGCUGUUUACACAAAAGAGGAAAUCUGUGAUCAGGAGUGGUGUGGAAGAAUAAUGGAUAUUACAGAGCUGACAAUUGUAGAAAGUAAAGAGAUCCCUGAACUUGAACCUGUCCACAUUAAAGAGGAGGCUGUAGAGCUGGAGUGUGAUCACAUCACAGAGGAAGUUAGUAAAGAAAAUAAAGUCAAUACGCUGGAGGAGAAUAUAGUUAAGAUGGAAUCUAGCCAUUGUGAAGAUUAUCCUCCUGAACAGAUCUGCAUGAAACCCAAUCAGCCUGUCUCUGAAGACACUGGUUCUAGUGUUGGAGAAGAGGGCACUGUGCUGGGGUCCAUUCAGAGGAAACUGCAGCGUAAGCAGAAACACAGAGAGUCGACACCCCAAGAUGAAUAUGUGAAGAAACUGAGAACUGACUCUGUUCAGAAUCUUUCUGCACAAGAUAGCCGACCACUUCCUGUGGGAUAUACAGCGACUCCACAUCCCGACAGUUCUGCAACCCAGGGCAACUUCAUUUCCCUACAAACUCCCCAGGAGAUUCCUUCAGAGCAGAUCUUGUAUCACUGUACUGAAUGUGGCACCAAUUUCAGUGAACUGGGAAAGCUGAAAAUACACCAGCGUAGUCACACGGGGGAGAAAUUGUUUCACUGUACAGAGUGUGGGAAGUCAUUCAGAGGUGCAACUGGAUUAAAACUACACCAACGAAUUCACACAGGAGAGAAACCAUUUGUGUGUCCUGACUGUGGGAGGAGUUUUACUCAGAAAGGUAACCUUCAAACCCACCAGCUAACUCACGCUGCAGAUAAACCGUUUCACUGUGCUGAUUGUGGGAAGGGUUUUACUGAGAAACGCAGACUUCAUACACACCAGCAAAUUCACACGGGAGAGAAACCGUAUCUGUGUCCCAUAUGCGGGAAGAGAUUCAGUCGGAGAGACAGCCUGCGAUCACACCACAUAAUCCACACGGGAGAGAAACCUUUUGAGUGUGGUGAGUGUGGGAAGAGAUUUAACAAAAAAGGCGAACUUCAAUCACACCGGCUAACUCACACUGCAGAUAAACCGUUUCACUGCGCUGAUUGUGGGAAGAGUUUUAGUCAGAAAUGCAGACUGGAAACCCACCAGCGGAUUCACACGGGGGAGAAACCGUUUCACUGUCACGUAUGUGGGAAGGGUUUCAGUCGAAGGGACAACCUUGGGAUACACCACAAAAUAAUUCACAGCAGAGAAACCUCUUGAGUGGAGGCCACGUUCGGGAAGAGACUUGUAGAGACACAGUCUCGUUCACAGAGAUUUAAUCAGUCCAGGAGACUUACAAAAAACAACCUCAAUCGCACCAGAACAAAACAUCUCGUCGGUUUCAAAUGCAGGCAACUGUUAAAAUAAAUGAAUCGAAAAGAAUUUAAACUCAAAAGCCUGCGAUUUAUGCAAAUGACUGCAGCUCUGUGAACCACAGCAGCGUUUCUCAAAUCAGGAAAAAAAUAUAUGUCCGUUAGUACUGUAGCUUCACCCAGUCCGGACAGAUAUCACUGACUGAAGCAAUGCUAGAAUUAUUUCAUUUGCCAGCAACAGCUCCUGUCAUUCAAAGCGCCUACUUAGAAAUUAAGCAGGUCAAGGUGUAGGUAAGAUUUUGCCUUAGGUGUACGGUUACUAGUUUGAUUUGAAAAUGGGGGCUCAAGAGAAACUCACUUGAUGAAUAUUGUGUCCAGUGACUGAGUGCGGCUGUGCUGAAGCUGGAGAGGGGUAGAGAUCAGACUGAAUAAUACCUGCAAGUUAGCUCUGUUCAGCUAUCUAAUGUUUUGUUCUGUUCAUAUCAUUUUCACUCGUAAAUGUGUGCUAUGAAGUAAUACGCUUGUAUAUGUACAGAGUUUUUUUUUAAGACUGUUUUUAAAUGUGUAGUUUUGCUGUGACCAAACGUUAUUUCAGUUAGACUGUUGGUAACCGCGGUUUUGUUGCGUGUUGAACAUGAUAAAGGGGUUUCCCUAAAUGAGACGUUUUUCAAUGGCAUGAAAAGGUUUUUUUUUAAAAGCAAAAAGGUCGAUUUUUUUCACCCAUUCUCUGCUUGAAUUGAAAAAUAAACAUUAAAAAAAACCCUGGUAAGUUCUUUCUUAAAUAAACGUUUUACUCGACAGUAACAGCUGACAAUUCUGUAAAAGACGAGACCUUGUGACAAGGCUUCCCAGAAGAUCUCAAUAUUAAAACGAAAGACAGGGCAGCAGUGUGGAGUAGUGGUUAGGGCUCUUGACCGGAGGGUCGUGGGUUCAAUCCCAGGUGGGGGACACUGCUGCUGUACCCUUGAGCAAGGUACUUUACCUAGAUUGCUCCAGUAAAAACCCAACUGUAUAAAUGGGUAAUUGUAUGUAAAAAUAAUAUGAUAUCUGGUAACAAUUGUAAAUCGCCCUGGAUAAGGGCGUCUGCUAAGAAAUUAAUUAAUAAUAUCGGAUACAACUCAAAAGUUUUAUUCAAUCAUAUCAAACAUCUGCACAGCCGAACCGCAGUAUUUAAAUAAACAAUUAAACAUAAGUGUUUAUAAUUUUAACUUCCCACAUAUAAAGCACUACUUCCAAAAAUGAAAAACGAGUAUAAAAGUAAGCAUUUCUAAAGAAGCUAGUGUGUGAAGGGGUUUAUGUACCUACAAAACUGUAGAAACGAAAGUAGUUUUUAAUUUAAAACGAAAUUGACGUGUGUUUUCUCUUGCGUGUGUCCCUCAGUGUAGCACAGAGUCGAGGCUGUUUUCUGAUCGAAAUGUUUCUGCCACAGAGGCUAGCUUCAAGAUGAAAUCUCUCCUACUGAUAUUUUCCCUGGCUCAUUUCUUCUACAAAGCGAAAGAAUUGCUGGCUGCCAGGUCCAGGUGAAAGAACAACAGGCUUCUAUAUAAAAAUCAAAUACUGAAUAUUGUAGGUUAUAUUCAAAAUAAAAACAUGUAUUGUAAAAGACAGAAUGACUGCUCUGGCGGGUAGAGGGGAUUAUAACUUGUGUUUUUAUAUAUUAUUUUUGCCAUCCUGCCUUUCAAACGCCGUCACGGUAUUUAACACGUGUAUUUAGGAAAAUUCAAGAACGGAUCUCUCACACAUGCGCAGAGUAUUUUAAAUUUUUUAAAAGUUAAACCCGUUGUGUAAACUGCGUAAGACUUUUUGUGAUAUUUUGUACAGGCAGCACGCAAACUCUCAACGGGAGGGACGCUUUGUACGCUGGUUGCGUGGUGACGUCAUCCCCGCCGGGGGCGUGGUUUUCGUGAACUGUGGACCGAUGAGAUGCGAUGAGAUGCGAUCUCAAUAGUUAUAAAAUAUGUAAAUAAGUGCUGUAUCGCAAUCUUAGAUAACAGAGAGUUAGUUAUUCCCAAGGUUAAUAAAACAAAAAACGCCAGGAAGCUCUGAAAUUCUGUAAUGAGUUGCCCAUGUGAAUUGCAUUGUGCAAACAGGACAGAUUCAAACCACUGUGUGACAAGUGAAGACUGCUCUGUUUCUCUAUAUAAAGUACUCUGCCUUUUCUGUAUUUCUGUAGCAAUGCUGUUAAUAAAGCUUGUUUUUCUCUUU